UACAAGUCGUCCAUCACUAGUCCAGACAGCCAGAAAAAAGCAGUGGCAGCAGCCUUCCAGCACGCUUGGGAUGGAUGUUCCAAACAUCGUUCCGGCCACGACACAUUACAUCCCGUAACCAACACCUGCGAGGACGACUUUGGUGGUUAUGGCGCCACAGCCAUCGAUUCUUUACCGACCGCAAUCAUCUUCGGAAACGCAAACGUGACCAUUCAGAUUCUGGAUCUCAUCGCUGGUCUAAAUUUCAUGGUAGUUAAGGGAGGUAGCCGCAUCCAGGUUUUCGAAGACUUACUCAACGGUCCAUUUUCUCACAUGGCCAAAGACUCAGGUCUACGGCACGCGCUUUACAUUCAAAUGACCACAUUAGGCGAUACACUCAGCUGUGCUUUCGACAGUCCGAGUGGCGUCCCUCGUGAAUGGGUCGAUGCGGCGUUAUGUCAGUCAGACAAGAGGACUCAGAAUACUAUAGCUGGUGCUGGAACUAUGAUACUUGAGUUCGCAAGAAUGUCAGAUAUCACCGGCAAUCAGACCUACGCGAAUCUGGCGCAAGUAGCCGAAGACCACANNGCUAGCAUCGAACCGUAUGCGGGGCUUCUCGGUUCUUUUACCAGUCGAUCUCUACGAGUUCUAUCUAGAGCGAUAGCUAGUCGCAGCAGACUCGACAAUACGUUCAAUCGGAUCACACCCUUAUGGGCAUCCGAAGUGGACAUUGUUGCCAUCCUAAAACGGAGGAAAUCUGCAGAAUUCGGUGGAAUCACUAUCCUGACUCUCGUAGACUACGGCCUCUCGAUCGCCAGUGCGGCAGGCGCUAUAUAUAACUUAACCAAGACUGAUUUGGGAGGAGAAUUCGAUACCACCUGCGAGGCCAGUGGGAGUAAUCCUUGCGAUUCGAACGACUCUAUCCGAAUCUCCGAUGGGAGGUUUCGUCUACGACCUAAAGUUCUGGAGACGUGGUACUAUGCUUGUCGAGCUAAAAAAGAUGAGAAGUACAGAGACUGGUUAUGGGCUGCCUUUGAAGCCAUUAACCACUAUUGUCGAACAGAGACCGGUUUUAGCUUAACCACUAACGUGGAUGCUCUAGAAGGGGGCAGUAAGGGUGACGUC